AUUUAGUAUCAUAUCCAAAUUAUUGUUAUUAUAAUAAGUUGCACAUUUUUACAUCAUUCAAUUUAUGCAAUUCAUUCAACGUUACGUUCGCAUCGUACACCGGCGUAAAUACUGUCAUUGUUUAUUCGCAUAACGUGGAAGAAAGUCAACCGGUUAGUGUCGGCCAGUGUCCCGUCCUCGUAGUAGGUCAAUGGCGCGCCCCAGCCGGCACCGGCUCGCGUGAGCUGCUGACGUCGCGCUCCAGCCGCGCUCGUGCGGCGCCCAGUCUCCCUCGCACCACCAACCGUUAACCGCGUCACGCGUCGCUCAUUCCAACUCGCAAUUCGCUUGACGAUACUCGCUUCGAGGAAACACUGCCAUAAUGGGCGCGAAAGUGGAAAAUGUCGGCAUACUCGCUAUGGAAUUAUACUUCCCGGCACAAUACGUCGAUCAAGUGGAAUUGGAAAAAUUCGACGGCGUGUCCACCGGCAAAUACACGAUCGGGCUCGGACAGAGCAAAAUGGGCUUCUGCUCCGACCGAGAAGACAUACAGUCCUUGUGCAUCACAGCUGUUCACCGGCUCAUAGAACGGAACAAUCUGAACCUUCAUGACAUUGGACGGCUGGAGGUGGGUACGGAGACCAUUAUAGACAAAAGUAAAAGUGUGAAAACAUUCCUCAUGACAUUGUUUGCCAAAGCGGGAGCCACCGAUAUAGAAGGAAUUGAUACAACAAAUGCAUGUUAUGGUGGUACUGCAGCUCUCUUCAAUGCUAUUAACUGGGUGGAAUCCUCCUCAUGGGAUGGCAGAAAGGCCAUAGUUGUGGCCGGUGACAUUGCAGUGUAUGGCAAAGGACCUGCGAGACCUACUGGUGGUGCUGGAGCAGUGGCCAUGCUGGUGGGCCCAAAUGCACCCUUAGUGUUUGACCGUGGUAUAAGAGCUUCAUAUAUGACUCACACAUAUGACUUUUACAAGCCAGAUCUUGCCUCAGAGUUCCCUUUUGUUGAUGGCAAGCUAUCUGUAAAAUGCUACCUCAGUGCUUUAGAUAAUUGCUAUAAUUUAUUCUGUAAGAAGAUGAGGAGGACUGACCCCGAUUUUAAAGGAUUGCUAAGUUUAGACGGCAUGCUGUUCCAUUCACCAUACUGUAAGUUAGUGCAGAAAUCCUUAGCUAGGGUCUGUUUUAAUGACUUUUUAAAUACCCCUGAAGAGGACAGGGAUAAGCAGUUCCCGGGGUUAUCAGAGUUCAGUAGCAGAAAAUUGGAAGAUACUUAUUUUGACCGUGAUGUUGAAAAGGCUUUCAUGACAUACAGCCAGCAGUUGUUCGAUGAGAAAACAAAGCCAUCUCUAUACAUCGCUCGCAAUGUUGGCAACAUGUACACUCCGUCGUUGUAUGGAGGCCUGGUAUCCUACCUCAUUAGUAAAUCACCUGAAGAGUUAAUUGGGAAGAAAUUUGCCUUAUUCUCUUAUGGUUCUGGUCUAGCGUCUACAAUGUAUUCUAUUAACAUCUGUAAUGAUAUGAGUGCGGGUUCCAAGUUGGAGAAGCUUAUUACUUCCCUACAUGACACAGUUUCCUACUUAGACAAGAGAGUGAGUGUGGAGCCUAGCAAGUUUUCGGAGCUUAUGGAAAUCAGAACAAAGAAUUACCACACGGCUCCAUAUGAACCGAGUGGGCCCAUAGAUGUACUGUUCCCUGGUACAUACUACCUAGUUAACAUUGAUGACCAGAGAAGACGCACGUAUGAGAGGAAGGCUUAGUGUAUUAAUUAUAGUGUUUUCUUGUGUUUGGUGAGGGAUUAGGUGAUGUGGGAUUUUUACACCUUGGGUAUUUAAUUACCAUUUAUUGGAAUUUGUCAUUUUGCUAAAGUAACUGCAUGUAAUAAACUAUGGUGCUCUGAAAAGCUGCAAAAUGGAUAUUUUCUUGAGUCAACAACUUGGGUAUGCUAAUUUUCCUGUUAAAGUCCGUUUGAGUUAGUACAGUGAAUAUCACAUCCUUUAUUUGUAUGCAAAUUAUUAAAAAUCAAUAUGAAAUAUCUUAUAAGUGUUAGUAUGCUGAUGUUUUUAUGAAUUUGAAAUUAUAGUAUGUUAAACAAUACUUGUUGAAAUCAGUGUGCAGGUUUUUUUAAGUGCAGUCAAACUGUGCUUAAUCUCCAUUUGAUUAGAAUAUUUAUGUUUGUUAAUUUAUUUAUUACUGAAAUAGACAUAUGAAACUUGA